GCGGGUGCUGCUAGCGGAGGCGCCAUCUUGGAAGGGACAAAACUCCAGCGACCGCGAGUGACACAAAUAAACCCCUGGACCCCUGCGCUCCCACCCUCCGCUUGAAAGGCCGCGAUGUUGUACCUAGAGGACUAUCUAGAAAUGAUUGAGCAGCUGCCCAUGGACCUGCGGGACCGCUUCACGGAGAUGCGCGAGAUGGACCUGCAGGUGCAGAAUGCAAUGGAUCAGCUAGAGCAAAGAGUCAGUGAAUUCUUCAUGAAUGCAAAGAAAAACAAACCAGAGUGGAGAGAAGAACAAAUGGCUUCCAUCAAAAAAGAUUAUUAUAAAGCUUUGGAAGAUGCAGAUGAGAAGGUGCAGUUGGCAAAUCAAAUCUAUGACUUGGUAGAUCGGCACUUGAGAAAGCUGGAUCAGGAACUGGCUAAGUUUAAAAUGGAGCUGGAAGCUGAUAAUGCUGGAAUUACAGAAAUAUUAGAGAGGCGAUCUUUGGAAUUAGAUACUCCUUCACAGCCAGUGAACAAUCACCAUGCUCAUUCACACACUCCAGUGGAAAAAAGGAAAUAUAAUCCAUCAUCUCAUCAUACAACAACAGAUCAUAUUCCUGAAAAGAAGAUUAAAGCUGAAGCUCUUCUAUCUACUCUUACAUCAGAUGCCUCUAAGGAAAAUACACUGGGUUGUCGAAAUAAUAAUUCUACGACCUCCUCCAACAGUGCUUAUAAUGUGAAUUCCUCGCAACCUCUGGCAUCCUAUAAUAUUGGCUCGUUAUCUUCAGGAACUGGUGCAGGGGCAAUCACCAUGGCAGCAGCCCAGGCGGUCCAAGCUACAGCGCAGAUGAAAGAGGGACGACGAACAUCAAGUUUAAAAGCCAGUUAUGAAGCAUUUAAGAAUAAUGACUUUCAGUUGGGAAAAGAAUUUUCAAUGCCCAGGGAAACAACUGGCUAUUCAUCAUCUUCAGCGCUCAUGACUACAUUAACACAGAAUGCCAGUUCAUCAGCAGCCGACUCACGGAGUGGGAGAAAGAGCAAAAAUAACAACAAAUCUUCAAGCCAGCAGUCGUCAUCUUCUUCCUCAUCCUCUUCAUUAUCUUCAUGUUCUUCAUCGUCAACUGUUGUACAAGAAAUCUCUCAACAAGCCACAGUAGUACCAGAAUCAGAUUCAAAUAGCCAAGUUGAUUGGACUUAUGACCCAAAUGAACCACGAUAUUGCAUCUGUAAUCAGGUAUCCUAUGGUGAAAUGGUAGGCUGUGAUAACCAAGAUUGCCCUAUAGAGUGGUUCCACUACGGAUGUGUUGGGUUGACAGAAGCUCCCAAAGGCAAAUGGUACUGUCCACAGUGCACCGCUGCAAUGAAGAGGAGGGGCAGUCGGCACAAAUAAGGGGGUCAUUUCACCUGAGGAGAAGACCGCUUCAGCUCCAAUUUUAUAUAGGACUUAAAAAAGACAAAAAGGGAAAGAAGAGACAGUGCAUUUUCAGGCAACUAUUUCAAGGAUUUACAUAGACAAUCCUAUAAGAUCUUGAACUUGAAUUUUAUGGGUUGUAUUUUAAUAAUGUAAGUAAAUUAUUUAUGCACU